AUGCAUUUAUUUCAGCUUCCAUUCCCAAGUAAGUCCAUCACUUAGGGAAGUUAGGGCAGGAGUUCAUAGCAGGAACCUGGAGCCAGGAGCUGAUGCAGAGGCCCUGGGGAGCAUGCUGCUGGCUUAUUCUUCGUGGCUUGCUCAGCUUGCUUUAUUAUAAUACGUAGAUCAGACCGUCAGUCUAGGGAUAGCAUUGCUGGGCUGGGCCUUCCCGUAUAAAUCAUUAAUUGAGAAAGUGCGCCUCAGGAUUGCCCACGGGCCAACCUCAUGGGUCCAUUUUCUCAUCUGAGGUUACCCAAAUGACUCUAACUUGUGUCAAGUUGACACAGAACUAGCCAGCACAGCAUGCUAAGACAUUUCAGAAUCAACUCUUCCCUCUCCAAAGGGCUUGUUGUUUGAACAACAAUGGAAAAUGGUCAGGGGGCAUUGAUUUCCUCUCUGAAGACAAAUUAUUUCAUUUUUUUUUUCUUGUGGAGAACUCUGAAAAGUGGAUCUGCCACUGCGGGAUUCAUAUCUUCAAGCAAGGACCUUUUUAUUGCCCCACCCCCUCACCUCCCUCGUUCACCAAGAGGGGAUUUCAUGGGAGUGCAGCCGGAUACACACACAUAGGCUGGCCCUCCUGAUCCUCCUGCUUCACUUUCCAAAUGCCAGGACUGCAAGCUUGAGUCAUCCUCCACGCUCCCCCCUCACCCCUUCCAUCUUUGGUAAAACGAGAGCGAUGACAUCUGCACUUGGGAGCUGUUAAUGUUACGCUGUGAAAUAACCUGGUUAGAGCUAUCAGCUGUUUCUGACAUUCAGGGUUUUUGUAGGUGUCAUUCUGUGGGUGUCACUUUUAUUCUUCCCCCUCCCCCCAGCACUGGUUAAUUAAUAUGCAGGGUUCAGUUACAGAACGAAAAUGUGCUCCUGUAAAAAAAAAAUUAUGAAGAGCACUAGUCAACAGCAGAACAUUAAAGCAAGCGUAGGUCCCGUGUGACCCACGGAGGAGCUAGGUCUGCAUGCUUGCCAGCAUCUCCAGGGCUCCACUUGUCCAUCUUUCUACUAAAUUAAAAGCCACACUUCAAGUCCGACAAUUGACAAGGGAAAUAAAUGCAACUCAGUAAUGAGGACUGGACUGUGUGUGUGCGCGUGCGCGAGUGCUUCUUUUCCAUGCUGGCUUGUUUAACUCAGGCAACAUGCUGAAUGUUAGUUAGCCUUCGACUCCUCGGACAGGACUGGAUUCCUAGGCCAGGCUGUUUCGGUGGUUUGCAUCAUUCUCAAUCGUGGAGAAUUGGAAGAAAGAAAGAAUUUAGAAAGAAAAAAAACAAACCCUAGUUGUUUACAAGUAAUUGGAGGCUUGAUUUAUAGUCCAAGAGACACUCAUGGCCAAAAAGAAAUUUAAUUCUAAAGUUCUGUUUCUAGUUUUGCCAAAUAGAAUUCGCUGAAGAGGCAGCAUGUUUUUAAGAAAAAUAAAGUCAUGACCUGUUUCUUUCUUUAUUGUUGUUAUACACACAUGUAUGCAUGUAUAUCUACCCCUAAGUAUAUAAAUACAACCUGCUCUGUCUGUAUGAUGUUACUGAGAUGUGGAUGGUUUCAGGGUUGACCACUUGGCUUUGAUAAGCAAAGCAGGGUGAGGGGUCUUUCCCGGGGAAGGCUGCUCCCAGCAUUCCUUACUUGCCUGUAGCUCUUUGUCUAGAGAGCUGAGGCCCCAGGAGAUUAUCCCCUUCUGUGCUGGUGUGUCUUUUGGUGUCGUCCUUGCUCAUGUCCUGUUUAGGCAGACACUCUUGACAUUUCUAGACGAAAUCGCCCAUGCAACUUCCUGUUCCUGCUGUUCUCACACUCUUACUACUGUCAUUUCCGCCAUGAUCUCUGGGCCUUAGGUGCAAGGACUGUGUUGUAGAUAGACCAGUUGGUGCUGGGGGACCACAUGGUCAUGUGUUCUCAGCAUCUGGACUGGUUGUGGUUUUCUGUAAAGGUUUACAUCUGUUGGAAGACUUUUUUUUGGGGGGGGGUGAGACCUAUGCUUAUGUGUAAGGAUGAGUAUUUAGAAUGUCGUUAGGAAUUAUGGUGAUUUUAGUAAACUGUUCUAUGUAGGCUCUCCUCCAAAAUCCAUAACUUCAUUAGCCCUGGGUAGUUGGCUAGGUUUUUACUACCAAGCAUAAUCUUUAGAUGAAUGGUCAUAACCAAUUCAAUUAGAGAGCUGUCGGUUAUAGCUAAGGUAUGUGAUAUAGCUAAGGUAUAUCCUAAGCUACUGCACCCUUAGGAUAUCAUGAACGCUGGCCAUUGAUUUCAAAGGCAGCACAGCUGGGUAGGACUAGUAGCUGCUUCCUUCCCUUAGAAACUUACAGGGAACAGUAUGGUCCUUAAGAUUUGAUUUUGAUCCUAUGUAGACUUUUUUUGGGGGGGGGGGGAUUACUCCAUAUGUCUAAGAAUUAAAUAUGCAAUGGUGAUUUGUAAAGAAAUAUAUUGGACACACACACACAUCAUGUCACUUGCUAUUACUCUGCAUGGCUGCACUGGCACUUUAUAACUUUUUUUUUAAGACCCUCACUUCAUACUUGAUAAGAAACAGAAUCACAGUGCCCAUGCCUAUAAUCACAGAAGUGCUUUGGUCAAGGGAAGAAGAUGGAGAGUUAGUGCAUGGCCAGUCUGAGCAAGGUAGAGGAAGUAGAGAAGAUGGGGGGUGGGGGGAGAGAAGGAGGAAGUAGAAUCAUGUAAAAAAAAUUAAUGUAUUAUUCACAUGUAUGUUAAUUGUUCAUAUUUUAUUCUGAGCCAAAUGAGAAGAACCAUAUCUUGUAUGGAAAUUUCCUUCUACCUUGAGGCAUCUUGACAGCUCUGGACUCAUCAGCCCUGUUGGGGUGGGGUUUGGAUGAUCGGGGUGGGGUUUAGAUGAUGCAGUUGCCUUUGGGCUUCCCAUGCUCCUGAAGGGAACCCCUUCACCCACACUCCUGUAAGCAACCUCAGUAAACUCAGUGGUCGAGCAAGGUGAUCUACGGUGGUGUCUCUGCUUUGUUCUGUCAGUUUCCUAUCCAGGGUGAGCAGACUUGUGUCCCAUCUCCCCAGGAAGUUUCACAGGACGCUUCGGUAGAGGGACGUGGAUUUUUAAGCUACCCCAGAUGACACAUUGCAAAAUGAAAGUGGCAGUGUGAACAUUUUUAGUCAAAGGAAUAGAACAGUCGGGACAUCUAAUAAAUACAUCGAAUCCAGCAAAUCUUUCCAGGGGUUUCCAGAUGUUACCGCACUUGGUAGAGGUUCUCGAUUUGCUGAAUUUAACAAUACAUUCCAGGCAAGGCACAGAGGCUGAAAGUGAGUGGCUAUUUCUCUAAAGGGCCUAAAACAGCCGAUGAAGGCUGUUUUGUCUUUUGACCUGUGUGCUGAUUAGUUUUCCCAUAAACUUGAAACCAGGUAGAGUCAUCCCGGAAGAAGGAAUCGCAAAUGGGGAAACGCCUCCAUCAGAUUGGCUGGUAGGCACUGUCUGUGUGGAGUUUCCCCUGUUAAUGAUUAAUGUGGGAGGGCCCAACCUACUGUAGGCAGUCCUGGCCCUGAGGAGUUGCUUCUGGGCCACUUCUUCUGGAGAAGAAAGCAGGCUGAGUCUAAGCCAAAUAAACCCUCUUCUCCCCGUGUUGCUUUUAGUCAUGGAGGUUAUCAAACCCAUAGGAAGCAAAGUGUGACAUUUUCUCGCUACAAUCAGUAUGUUCUACUUCACCAAGGUAGAGAGAAAAGUGUAUCAGAAGAAGCACACAGAAACGAGUAUCAACACCGCAGCACACAUGCACCCCGAGAGGAGGCAUGGAUGCAGUGAGCUCCUAACGUGCUAGGUGCUUCAUAGACAUUAAAAUAUGAAACUGUCUUGUUCUUUCUCCAUUUACGUAAUCGAGUGUAUGCUGUUUUGUUUGUUUUUACAGUACGGGUUCAGAGCAGUUAUAUAACCUACUCAAAGUCACGUCAGCAAAAUCAGAGUCUGGAAUGGUGAUUUUAUGACCCGAAGCUCGUGAGUCAAAGCCCUACUUUUUUUUUUUUUUUUUUUACAUAAACCAAUCUGGGGUUGAAUGCAUCAGUUUCUCUAAAUAAAACAAAUCUCAACAAACCUCCACAUCCUUGCUAGUCACAUCUUUUACUUGGUCACUCAGGGUUAGGGGUUAGCAUUGGAAAGAAAAUAUAUUUAAAAAGUGAUUUUUUUUUCUAACAUGAGCCGAACACUGAAGCUCAUAAACUCAAAUCAACAAAAACUGAAUCAACAAAAGGAAGGAAUAGGGUUGAAGAGAUGUCUCAGGGGCGAGAAUGCUCGCUGCUCUUCCGUGGAACCCAAUAACACUUCCUAGAAACCAGAGUUCCCAGAAACCACCAGGGGCUCACAAACCCCAGUUAAUUCCAGUUAACUCCAGUUCCUGGGGAUCCAACGCUCUUUUCUGGCUUUUGUGGGCGCUUGCAUUCACACAGCAUACACUCUCACACACAUGUUUAAAAAAAGAAAGAAAGAAAAAAAGAUUAAAGAAGAGAGAAGAGGAGGCAUCUGGCUGGGUUCUUCCUACUCCACUUACCGACCACAACCAGAUCUUUCUCAUUCUCCCCGCCUCUGCCACGCUCGGGCUGUUUCGCUUCAGUGCGCAGGCGCCAGGCUGGAGGCUAGGCCGUGGUUUCCUAGGAGACCGUGCAGCAGCUGCGGUGCGGUUGGCCCGAAGGGAAGAUGGGGGUGGAGUCGGAGGAGGAAGGCGGCCCCGCGGAGGAAGAAGACGCUCCUCGUGCCAUGGAGCCCUUGCACGCGGGGGCGGCGGGCAGCUCGCGGGGUGCGCGCCCUCCGGGUGAUGGCGGGAAAGGGAGGGAAAGAUGUGAAGGGCGGGAGCCCGGGGCGGUCGUUGGGUCGCGGCCUUCUGGUCCUGCUCGGGCCUGGGGAGUGCCGUGUUGGCUGCUGAAGCCUGGGGGUGACGGCUGCAUUCCUGCGCACACCGUCGGGGUGCACCUGUCUCCAUGGCGGGCAGGACUUUUCUGACCUCCCGUGGGGACCCCUGAUGCUUCUUGCGACUCCAAAUCAGAGAAUAGGAGGAUUUUGUCGCCCCAUGUAUGCUUAGAGACCUAGCCUCGGCCUAGGGAGGAAAGGCUUGCCCGAACCUAGCAAGCAGGCUGGAGUCCCUAGGUGAUCCACUUCCGACCCCAGGCCGUGGUUCAGCCUUGUGGCGCCAGGAUCUGCACUGGAUUCCCAUUCCCUGACACUUCCCACCUCCAGUUUGCAGUCAAGGGCCACCUACACAAAUCUCUUCGUCGAGAGUCAUAGUCCACGUAGAUCUGGAUUGCUUUUAUGCCCAGGUCGAAAUGAUCUCCAACCCAGAAUUAAAGGACAGACCUUUAGGUGUGCAACAGAAAUACUUGGUGGUUACCUGCAACUAUGAAGCCAGGAAACUGGGUGUGAGGAAGCUUAUGAAUGUGAGAGAUGCGAAGGAAAAGUGUCCUCAGCUGGUCCUCGUGAACGGAGAAGACCUGAGCCGCUACAGAGAGAUGUCCUAUAAGGUCACAGGUGCAAGCUGGAUGCCGGCGACUUAGCAUGUUUAUAAUUGUUGGAGGAAUUUAGUCCAGCUGUUGAGAGACUUGGAUUUGAUGAAAAUUUUGUGGAUCUAACAGAAAUGGUGGAAAAAAGACUCCAGCAGCUUCCAAGUGAGGAGGUUCCGUCAGUGACUGUGUUCGGCCAUGUUUACAAUAACCAGUCUGUGAACCUACACAACAUCAUGCAUCGGAGACUUGUGGUUGGAUCGCAGAUUGCAGCAGAGAUGCGGGAAGCCAUGUAUAAUCAGCUCGGGCUCACAGGCUGCGCCGGAGUGGCUCCUAAUAAACUCUUGGCAAAGUUAGUGUCUGGGGUUUUUAAACCAAAUCAGCAGACGGUCUUACUACCUGAAAGUUGUCAACAUCUCAUUCACAGUUUGAACCACAUAAAGGAAAUUCCUGGUAUCGGCUAUAAAACUGCCAAGCGUCUCGAAGUUCUGGGAAUCAAUAGUGUUCAUGAUCUCCAAACCUUUCCAAUCAAAACAUUAGAAAAAGAAUUAGGAAUUGCAAUUGCUCAGCGUAUCCAGCAGCUCAGUUUUGGAGAGGACAAGUCUCCCGUCACACCGUCAGGGCCACCACAGUCCUUUAGUGAAGAAGAUACGUUUAAAAAGUGUUCCUCAGAAGUGGAAGCUAAAGCUAAGAUUGAAGAAUUACUUUCCAGCCUUUUGACCAGAGUAUGCCAGGAUGGAAGGAAGCCCCAUACAGUAAGAUUAGUCAUCCGUCGGUACUCUGACAAACACUGUAAUCGAGAGAGUCGUCAGUGCCCUAUCCCAUCCCACGUCAUUCAGAAGUUAGGGACAGGAAAUCAUGACUCCAUGCCUCCCCUGAUUGAUAUCCUUAUGAAACUUUUCCGAAAUAUGGUGAACGUGAAGAUGCCCUUUCACCUGACUCUUAUGAGCGUGUGCUUCUGCAACCUGAAAGCCCUGAGCAGUGCUAAGAAAGGGCCUAUGGACUGCUACCUAACGUCCCUCUCAACCCCUGCCUACACCGACAAGCGCGCCUUUAAAGUGAAGGACACCCACACGGAAGACUCUCACAAGGAGAAAGAAGCAAACUGGGAUUGUCUACCAAGUAGAAGAAUCGAAAGCACAGGAACGGGGGAGUCUCCGUUGGAUGCCACCUGUUUUCCUAAAGAAAAAGACACAAGUGACUUGCCCCUCCAGGCACUGCCAGAGGGUGUUGAUCAAGAAGUCUUUAAGCAACUUCCAGCAGAUAUUCAAGAAGAAAUCCUUUCUGGAAAAUCUAGAGAAAAUCUAAAAGGGAAAGGAAGUUUAAGUUGUCCGCUGCAUGCCUCUAGAGGAGUAUUGUCUUUCUUUUCUACAAAGCAAAUGCAAGCCAGUCGCUUAAGCCCCAGAGAUACUGCGCUCCCUAGCAAGCGGGUAUCAGCUGCAUCUCCCUGUGAGCCGGGAACGUCAGGACUGAGCCCCGGGAGCACCUCCCAUCCAUCGUGCGGAAAGGACUGUUCCUAUUACAUAGACAGCCAGUUAAAGGAUGAGCAAACGAGUCAAGGCCCUACUGAGUCUCAAGGAUGCCAGUUUUCCAGCACGAACCCUGCUGUUUCUGGUUUCCAUUCCUUUCCUAAUCUGCAGACUGAACAGCUCUUCUCCACACAUCGCACUGUAGACAGCCACAAGCAGACAGCCACCGCCUCUCACCAGGGACUAGAAAGUCACCAGGGACUAGAAAGCAGAGAGCUGGAUUCUGCGGAAGAAAAGCUUCCUUUCCCACCAGACAUUGAUCCGCAAGUUUUCUAUGAGCUUCCAGAAGAGGUCCAAAAGGAACUGAUGGCGGAAUGGGAGAGAGCUGGAGCUGCGCGCCCCUCGGCGCACAGAUAAGUCCAGAAAGCCAGGGAGUAUGAGUCCCCAGGUCGCCAGGGCAUAACCAAAUAGAAAUAGUCAGUGGUGUGGAAAUCCGAUGUAAGAUGUAAUAGAUAAGGCAAAAGUGGGCACAGGAAGGAAAUUCUAGUACAAAGGGAAAAUAGCCAUAAUGUGGUAAUGUAAAAAAUGCUAUCUCCCUAUUAUUUCUGUUUUAUAUCAUUGUCAAUAAAAGGAAUAUCAUGGUCAACA